AUGCAGGCUUGGUCCCCAAGCACAAACAUGGCGAACGCAAUGAAGGAUUACGUGUCUAUUUGGUCGACCUGCACGAUCGCUUUCCUACUAAGACUUUGUCUGAUUGUUUAUGGAGAAUGGCAAGAUAAGAACAUGGUUGUUAAGUACACAGAUAUCGAUUACCACGUUUUCACUGACGCUGCUCGCCAUGUCGUCGAAGGGAACUCUCCUUACUUACGACUCACAUAUCGUUAUACUCCUCUCUUAGCCACCCUCUUAACUCCAAACAUCACUCUGCACAUGUGCUUUGGGAAAGUUCUUUUUGCACUGUUCGAUGUUUUAGUUGGAUAUAUGUUGUAUAAGAUCCUUCAUUUACGCGGGUGUUGCGAGAAAAGAGCUGUUUUCGCCUCGUUGCUGUGGCUAUUUAAUCCACUAUCCUUCACAGUUUCAACCCGCGGAAAUGCAGAAUCAAUCUUGGCAUUCCUGGUCCUUGCAAGUAUCUAUUUCGUCCUCAAUAAAAACACUUCGAUGGCCGCCUUUUUCUUUGCCCUUUCUGUACACUUUAAAAUCUAUCCCAUUAUAUAUGGCUUCCCAUUUGUUCUACUUGUGGGAGAUGAUAUUUAUGACUGCAAGAAAUCAAGUGAAGGAACGAGUGACAAUGUGAAAAAAUCUUUAGGUUUUGUUUCUCAGGCCGUGGCGUUUGUGUUCCAUCCUCAAAGGUUUAAGUUUGCUAUGAUUGCUGCAGUAAUCUUUUUAGGAUUAACUGGAGUGUUGUAUCAAAGGUAUGUAUCGCCUAAAAAGUGCAGUGCUAUCUUAUUCUAAUUGUAUCAUUGAACUGCCACAACUUCUCUCUUGACCAGAAACCUUAGUUAUAGAAAACCCCAUAAAUGAAAAAGACAAAAUUUUUUUGGUAUGGCAGAAGUCAAUUGGAGCUUCACUUCCUAAAAGCAAAAAAUUGAACUUAAGGAAGAGAACAUAUUUCCAUAGCACAGCCCAAGUCAUGAAUUACUACUAACAGUCUCCCUUGGAGGUGAUUGUAUGCAUAAAAACAUUCAGAGAUGUAUUGGUCCAAGACUUAGAAAAACAAGCCUAUAAACUGAGUAAAAUAGGGUAUUUCAUGAUCAGGGAUGGACUAAUUUCUUUUUAUUCUAAUGUUGAUAAUAUUUCUUAACAAUAAGCCAAGGGAAUGAGGAAAUAAACUUGCAUCCAGAAGGCAUUGUGUAAUGUUCUGUUUAUUAAAUAGAUAUUAAUGUCACAUUCAAAGACCUCAGAACCCCAUUCAAGAUGAUCACCUGCUUGUUAACUCAGCUAGCCUAAAAAAGUACAUACCUUAAGCAAUGUUAGUAAAUUGGAAAAAAAAAAGUCCUUUGCUAAAUGCAAUAAGCCAAAUUCACAUGCCUGGUAUCUAUAAGGACAUUGGUAUCUUUAUACAUGAAUGAUAUGAAAAGAGUGUUCACUGCAUGUAGUGCAGAUAUCAUGGAUUACGAAAGAAAAUUUAAGUAUGUCACUAGUAUAUAUUUCAUAACACAGAAUUCCACAUCAAUGAUUUUCUUUAAAAAAAAAAAAAAUGAAUCAGUGAAAAUGCCAUUCUUAGUAAAAUGCUGACAGGUAUGUGCAAUAAUUUUCCCUUUUCAACAGAUAUGGUUUUGAAUUCCUUGAGCACACUUACCUUUACCAUGUAACAAGACGAGAUGUGAAGCACAACUUUUCUGUGUAUUUUUACAUGAUGUACCUAGUAGAAGGCACCUACUGGUCCCCAGUACUUGGCUUGGUAUCUUUCAUACCACAGCUUGUUCUCGUAGUUGCAUUUGGCAUCCUAUACUACAGGGACAUUCCAUUUUGUUGCUUUGUGCAGACAUUUGCAUUUGUUACCUUUAAUAAAGUGUGCACAUCACAGGUAAGUCAAAUUGAUGCUGUGAAUCCCCUUUUGGUAUGGCUAAUGUUGAGUAUGCUCCAAAAAUAUUCUUUUUUUAUCUUUACCACUAGAAAUUGAAUAUAAAGUUUACCACUUAUUGCAUUUUGCAAUUCUAAAGAGUAACCAAAACAUUCAGAUUGAAAUUGUAAGUUUGUAUUAUGUAUUAUGGCAGUAUUUUCCUUAUUUUUCAGCUUACAGGUAAACUGUGUAAUGAAAAAGCAAAAAAAAAUUGAUUGUAUUUAAAUGCCAUUGUUCCAAACUUCUAACUUCUUAUCACAGGAUCACACUGCACAAUAGUCCUAAAACCUUAAUCAAGGUGCCUAAAAAUGGACAAAAAAGCUUUACUUUUCCUCUUUUACUGACUGAAAUGUUUUUUCUCUUUUAUGUAGUAUUUUCUGUGGUAUUUAUGUCUUCUUCCCCUGAUCCUGGAUUCUGUUAACAUCUCACUACAGAAAACAGUUAGUCUAACUCUAGCUUGGUUUGCUGGACAGGUGAGAUUAGUUAUGAAGAUACAUAAAAAUAUAAUGUUGAUUUGCUCAUCUUGAAUUCUGAAUUCCUCUCUUGUAGUGCCAGUUAUUCCUACACUAGUUUCCUACUGGCAUUUCUUUUCAGUUAAUUGUCAUUCCUUGUCAGCACAAGGUCAAAUUCACACUGGAAUCCCACCAAUUUCUUACUUAGGUCCUUCUUAUAAAAGAAAGUUGUAAAUGAACCAAAGAGUACCCUCUGGAACAUCAGAAUCAGUACACCCACUCACUCCACCCUCUUUCUUCUUUUUACUUGGCACCCAUUCUAUAACACAAUUUUUAACCUCCAAUAUGAUUUGCAUUGUUGUGACAGGACAGACACACAGACAGACAGAUGGACAGUGGGAGGGACAGACAGAGGGAGGGAAGGACAGACAGACAUACAUAAAUACAUACAUACAUAGCCUUUAUUUCCUCUUCAAUCAUAGAGUAUCUAUAAAAAAUGAGCUUAUAUCUUUGAGAAAUAAAAACAUUAACAACAACAAAAAAUUCCCAAAAAUGUAUUUAUUUACAAGAUCUUUAACUAUGAUUCAACAAGUUUGUUUCACUGGGAAAAGGUAUCCAGGCUUUGUGAGAGUCUCUUUCAAUCAGAGAGGCAUGGGUUCAAACUCUGUCAAGCCUGAAUUUUUCUGACUUCUUUUCUACAUUUCCUAAAAAUUGCAGCUCACUCACCUACAAGGAUCACUGCUUUACUCAAGCUCUUCUUUCAUCAUUUUGAUAAUUUAUCCUGCUCUCGUUUUUUUUUCCUCAGGCCAUGUGGCUUAUUCCUGCAUACUACUUGGAAUACAAAGGAAUGAAUAAUUUUUUUUACGUGUGGGCUGGUAGUGUCGUGUUCUUUGUUGUUAAUAUUUUGAUUUUAAAUCAGCUUGUUCGACAUUACAAGAAAAAAACCUUGUCAAAGAAAGAAGAAUAAAGCCUAAGUGAGGCAGCAUAAUAAACAGAAGUAUUAAUUCACCACUUGUUAGUAAUGAGUCUGUCAUGUUUUUUACUUUUUGUUCCGCCAGCAAUGCUGGAGUUUGUUUUAAAGUUGUUUUUACCCUGUUGAGUUCAGACGAAGUUGGUGAAGCUUGUCGUUUCAACAUUUUUUCUGCUCAGUUUGAUUUCUAGUUGCCGGUUUUAUGAUGACUCAAUAGCUAAGCCGCAUUUUGAUGGUUUGUCAAUUUUUAGGAUAUUAAAUUACGAGCGUUAUAUGCCCCUGGAAGUUGACGCUAGUGCAUUUUCCCGCCAAAAUAACGAAAGAUCUUUGUCAUUAUCGUAAAAUCUUGCGCUCACAGUCGUACCUCUCUAUGUCUUAGAAUCUGAAGGUGUCAAAUAAGAUUCAAUCAAUAAACCAAAGAGAGGGUAAGCGGUGAAGUUUCGAGGUACACCCUGCACUAUCUGUCCAUCAUCAUAUGGUGCAUGUGCAAAUAACGUGAACUAAAUAAGAAGCCGUGUAUGACAGGUAAUUCGCCUACUAAAAACUCUUUUUCGAGUUUACACCAUCCAUUGCUCCAAGGUUCUCAGGCGUUUCCGUCUGUAUUCCCUCUGCUACACGAGUUAUGUUUUUCACGUUUUUUAACGUUAUUUGGUGAAACGAAAUGAAAGAGAGAUGGUUAUCCAUUGCAACCCAACCUAUGACAGUUUUCCCGACUCGCGGGAAAUAUUGGUCGAGCCCGCGCUAUUUUGAGUCAAUUCUCCGCGCGCGCAUGACGUUUAUUGUUACGUGGCUCUGUGCGUACCAUUAUUCCAUGGAAACUACAAACAACAACUACACCAUGAAUUACCAAACUAGGAAAAUGCGUUGAAGCUCUGACAGUUAUGGAAGAAAUACCGAUAGACUCAGAUACUGGUCAGAUUUCAUAAUCGACUCUAAUGUUUUUGUCGUUCUUUCAAUUUUUUAAUGUUAUGAAUUUGUAACGAGCCUCAUUCUUUCUCUUGACUAGGGAUUCCAAGUGAAGGUCUUUUUGAGAAGCUAUUGAGUAAAGCUACGUUUGUUGACUUCUUGAACACCUUUCUUUCACUGCCGGUAAGGUUUACAGAACUACCAUUGUUUAUGAAACCAGAAAAUAUUAGAUAAUAUAUCAGUAUUUUACAGUCUUCGCAGUCAAUUGCCUCACUACUUUGUCGCUUAUUGCUGGUCUAGAUCUAACAUCAGCGGUUUCCAACCAGGGCCGGGUUGUUCAAAGCUGGGUUAACCCAGGAUAAAUGUGAAAUCUAAAGGCUAAAAAUAAAAAAUUCAGCAUACUUCUUUUUCUGUAGAAUUUGAUUAUCUGAUGCUCUAAAAAAGAACAGGGAAAAUUAUCUCGAAAAGCCUACUCCACAAAGGAAUAAAGAAACCCGGAUUAAAAUUUCAGCUUGAUUAGCGCUAACCGGCCUUGGGACAACUAGGCCCCGAUGUUCAGUUAGGAUAUGCAUAAGUUCUAGUUGACUCUCUUUUCUACUGUCCUGGAUUAUUAAGACAUGGUGCAGAGAGUAUGCAUCGGUAAUAACCGGAGAUAUAUCUCCUUACUAACCUCAUAUUCUUGGUCAGUACUCUAAGUUACGGACUGAGUUUCUUCCGCUUGGAUUUAAGGCCCAAGCACAAAGCAGGCCAUAAAUCCAAGCGCAAAAAGAACGAAGUUACGUAACUUACAUUACAGACCAAGAAAACGAGGUUAUUAAUAUGUUUAUCACAUCUCUAGGUUUAAACAGAAGGGGAAGAUCUAAAUUGAAAAAAAGCACUUGACACACAAAGAAGUACGGACCGCCGAAUUGAUCAAUCAUGGCACACAUACUAAUAUAACAAUUAGUACUAAUACCUCCAUAUUUGAUGCAUUCGUUACCAAACAGGUGUUUGGAAAAAGGUUGACCUACAAUCAAGCAGACGGUUAUUUCAGUGUUUUUCCUCCCCCUCCACGAACAUGUUAUGUAAGUAACGCUUCGAACUGAUUCAGCUAAAGACUUACUUUUCGGUUCUCCUCAAAACAUUUAAUUUUGAAAAUUUAUUAGAGCUCCGUCUGAGUUGAAAUUUACAACGAAAAACCGCUCCUAGACCGGUUCGUAGCCUGUAAUGCACCUCGACUUGGGUUAGGAAAAGGGUAUUGACUACGCUUUUUUAGUGUAAUGUGCCACUGAAAAAGUAAGGACAACACUCAGAAAGUUUUUGUAUUUUCUUGCUUUACUCACCUUGUACUGCGUGGUUUCCGUAGUGUAGUGGUUAUCACGUCCGCUUUACACGCGGAAGAUCGCAGGUUCAAGUCCUGCCGGAAACAUUUCCUUUUUUUUUCACAAUUCUUUCUUAGCUCUUCAACGGAAAAAAAGCCAAAAACUGCUCUAAAUUAGUAACAUAAGCUUUUUAUCGCUAACCUUCUCCACAAUAUGAGAAUCAACACAUCAGACUAAUUCAGGUCCAGGUUCUUUUUUAAAAUAAAAAAAACAAUUCGUAUUAUGGAAUGACGAGUCUUUUUUCCACUUUUUUAUUUCGCACAUUUUGAUCGAAUGUCAAAAAAGUAAGACUUAAGUAAUCAGUAGAACCAAUCAGAACAAGGGAAAAUAUCCCAUAAAAGCCGGCCAAUUAAGGCUUAGAGCAAAAUUAUCAAGGCGAGAUUUUCAUUUUGUAUUUGAUAGGAGUAGACGAUAAGAUAGACGAGGAAGAUUCUGUAGCAGUUCUUCGGAUGUGUUAAAAUCACUCAAGUUACUUGAAGCUAUUUCUUUCGGAGACGUCGGCGUGAUAGCUAAAAUCGAUAUAAUAUUUCGUAUUGAUAUGCGUUAUUGACCAAGCGGGUUCAAGAUAGUUGGACAUUGGUCGAAAGGUUUUUUUCUUUGCGAGGUUAGUUCGGCCGAAGAAAUCGUGAGAGCUUACGACGCGGACGUCUAAGGAAACAUACUUCCGAUCUUGACAUAUCCUGGUCGAUGGUCUCUAUCGGUUCAUUUUGUUUUUUGGUUUUUUUUUGGUCUGUUUGUUUGUUUUUAUCAAACUUAGUGAUGCAAGAUUACCUUCUUUCCAUAGCAUUUACCAGAUUAUCGAAUCAAACAAUGGGUACAGAAGGAAAGAAUGCCAUUUUUUUGGAAAACAGAUCUUUUUCUUGUGUACUUGUUAUGUGUUGAGCUUCACGAUGCUACUGAUUACUCAGGUAAGUAGCUGUCCUAACAUACAAUAACCUUAACGUAUGUCAUAGAAUCGAGAAAAAAGGCUCUCCUCGGCGAUUGCUAAAUUCGAAAAAAAAUUAAUCUGGUUAAAGAAACGAAGGUUCUCCAAUAAAAAAAGGGAAAAAACAUAAAAAACAAAACAAAACCAAAAACUGUAGACAAAAAUCCGAGAAAAAUAAAAAAUAUGGGAAUCUGGGGAGGAAAAAUGGAACUCCCUUUUUUCCACUCUCCCUCUUCAGCCUACUUUUCAAUCGCCUUCGCCGGCUGAGAAUCCUCGAAACAUGUUACACACAGAAUAACCGUCUACUGCAACCAACCGUUUUGAUAGAUUCCAAAACCGCUGAUUCUUAUCCUUGCAGCUUUUCACCAUUGUAAGUUUCAAUACUUGUUCCAAAAUUGCGUCUAAAAGUGAUCGUAGUUUGAUCAUGAAACUCCAACCUCAAUUUCUUUCAACUGGUAUUUUUAGGUACGUCAGUGAACAGAAAUGAAGCAAGGACCUUUCUACGCACCGUGGAGGACAUGCGCAGUCUGCAAUUGUUUCUACGCGGCACAGCAGGGCAGAGAACCUUGAUGUUUUGGAUAGACGCCGAGCGAUAUCGCAGGGUGACAAGGAAAGAGCAUAGGAGGUUCAGUUUCCGAGAGAUUCAGGCUAAAUAUUUACGAAGCGGAUCUCCCUGGGAACUCCCGGAGAUCAUGAAGUGGGCGAGUUUAUGCGGGGUGAGCCGCCAGGGGGAGCGAGAGUCCUCCUUUAGAAUUCCAAAGAACAUCACAAAACGAAUGUAUCUUUCUGAUUCCUCGAUAUUUUCCGAAAAUGUUUUCCUCCCCGUGCAGAAGAUGGCCUUGGAACGUUUGAGCAGUUACUGGCUACCGAAGUACAUACAGCAUAAGAAAAUUCUUUUCAAAGUAAUCGCUGAAAAGCGAGGCAUUUCAGUUACGGAUUUAAUAUUGCAAAACAGAAGUAUAAGUCCAAUUCUUGAAGACGAUGAUAAGCUUUCAACAACCAGCUCUGAGCAAGACAUCGAUAAUUCCUUGUUGAAGCUUUGUGCCGUUUCCUCUUCUGAGAGUAGGGAGGAGAAACUGGAAGAAUGGAGACAAUGGUUCUGGGCGGGAGUCGACGGUCCCGCCGAAGAUGGACAUAAAAUUAUGCCGCCUCAUGAUAUGCCAAUGGAGCUACAACUGUCAGGCGGGGUAAAAAAUAUGAUUUUAGUUUUUAAUUUGAAGGAUUGUCAAAUUCUUUUUUGUUGUUGUUCAUCUUUAAUUAUUUCUAGUAGUCUAUAAGCCAUUCCAUUCGCAAACAAAAACAGGGGCUAAACAACACAAACAAUUCUAGGGUACCUUCUUAACAGAGCCUGCCAGCCAUCUCCUUUGGAAUAUUGUAGCAUUCCUUAAAGAAGAAAUUUCUCGGCAUUUAUUGAAGCUGUGAGAUACUAUAAAGGGAAGAUAAUGAUUCACACUUCCGUAUCCGGAGGUCUUGGAAAUCGAGAAGCCAUUGCGUGGAUAGAAUGCAUAUCAAGAGAUUCUAAACUCUUGAUUUAGAUCUACAGCAACACUCGCCUAAUAUUAUUGGUACGUGUUAUAGGAGGGCGAUAAGAUAACUCAGACCUAACAUCAUAUGGCUAAUGGUAUUUUAAGGAAAAUAAUUUCUCAGUCGUCUGAGUCCGAUAAUCCGGUAUGUAUCCAUCCAAACUUUUUUGACCAAUUUUAGUUGUCUGAUUGAUGGGUAAACAUCCAUUUUUUUUCCCACAAUAGAUAAGAGGAUACGAGGAGAUUAGUUCAGCUCCACCUUCGAGUCCAGUCCCUGAAGAAGAAGAGGAAGAGGAAGAGGAAGCUUGGUCUGUGUCUAGUUCGCCGGAUUCUGUAAGUCCCACAGUCUGCAGUAAGUCGUUCUCUGAAGGUUCAAGACCUCGCCUUGUUUCGCCUCCGGAAAACUUAGUUGCUUCAGAUCCUGCACUACCCACUUAUGGCAAGCAAAGGUGGUUUAAAAAGAAGAAAAAGGAGAAAAAAACCAACGAGAAGAAAGGUGCUUUCAAGCUUUGAUUUUUUUUACCAGAAUUUUAUUGUCACUUUAUUCUGACAAGUAAAACAAGACCGUCAAACGACAAGGAGCUAAUUCCCCCAAAUAAGCCCUGCAGCUAUGAUUUUUCAUACCUCGCUUCGUGAUUGGUCUGGCGCUUUAAAUAGAAGGCUACCACAAGGUGCCAAUCGCAAAAUUCUAGGAAAAAAUGUAAUUUCAGUUUUUGAUCGACGUCCUCUUUGGAGUCGACUUUGUGACUCUUUAAGGUCCCUAAAUAAUGCAGGCUCUCCUUGUCCAGACUCCAACCCAGAUCCCCGCAUAGUUCGCGUGCAUAGCUGUUUGCGCGACCCUCUCUUUGUUGGUCGAGAUAUAGUUCCAAUUUCUCAUUUAUCAACUCCGUAAGACAUCUUGCCUGCUCGUUUGAAACUGAAUAAUAUUUUCAUAGUUAUAGAUGAAUCCGAGGAGGAAUUACUCGUUUCUCUCCCCAUGCUCAACCCUCCUUUCGCCAAAAUGCCUUCGUCAGCGCCUAGGAAGCUUAAGACCUUCUACGAGGCCUUGGCAUCAGAAAGAAACACCAUUACUGAGGAACAGGAUGAAGAACUUUAUGAGUCAUCGGCAGAGACCACCUCAUCAAAUAGGUCCUCAUCAGGUGAGUCGAUGAAAACGUUCAUUGUCAAAAUCAAAGGUCAACGUUUUCUUAAGCUACCGUCAGUAGGACUUUAUGUGAAAAAAAACCUUCUGUUGCCAUUAUCCUACGAAAGGGUUGACUUAAAAGUUAGAGGUUUAAAGUUGAGGUUUAUUACAACCCAAGUCAACUUACAAAUUUAUGCAACCACUCGAAUGGUUUAGUCUUUCACUAAUCUGAUUAAACUCUUUUUUGUUUCCUAAAUAUAUCCAUUAAUCCAUUGUAUGUUUUUAUUCCUCCUGUGUACUUAGGUUAACGAAUGAUUUUUUUUAGGAGCGACUCCAGUGAUGAAAAUUAUAUAUAUAUAUUUAUGAUGCUUCUCUGUUUUCGUAAGUCACUUGAUGAAACUUUUUAUUUUUCAGGGACACCUACAAUAACUGUUAGCACAGCCAUUCGACAAGCUUCCGCCUCGCAUAUAAUUCCGUUUAAGGAAACUGGGAGUGAAACAGCAUCAGUCGUCGGGGAACCACGUGUUCUUUACCCCAGGGAUUCCAACGGAGAACCCUGUAUAAUUCAGCAAGCUAACAAAGGUGAGUGAUGCGUAUAUACAUCGUUAUAUCAUCUAUAACUUAAAUUAUAUGUAAAUAGACUUAUCUCAAACGUACAGCUCUAACUUGAGAGUUAUAAGUAAUCAGGGAACUGUACUUAUUAUGGUUUACUACGCUCUGUGAUUGGUCUGUAAAACUUGGGCCAUCUUCUCAACCAAUCAGAAACUUGGUUUUACACGUUUUCACACCAUCUAGGAUGUUCUUUUCUUUAUUCUGUAAAUUCUUACUGGUUCCUGGUGAUGUUUUCUUUUGUUCUGAUUGGCGGUUCUGAGUAAUUUAGUCACGUGAGUAGUUCCCCCAAGCUUUCCUGCGCUUCGAGAAGUGUUUUUGCUUCACCAUGAGUUUUAAUUGGCACCCUUUCAGCUUUUAUUGGCCUAUUGAUUGCUUUGGAUGUAGUUUCACGGUGCUCGAUCGAUUGAAACUCCCUCCCCUAUGUUACACGCAAAAUCUUGGAUGAUAAAACUUUGCAAACACUCACGGUGUUGCCUUUCAUUCUUUCAGAUAUAAAUCUGACAGCAUCAUUAGCCCUAACUGCAGACAAACUGGCCGGUGGACCUCUCAGUGAAUAUUUAAAGAAAACGCGAGAAGAAGCAGCCCUUAGAUGUCUUCAAUUUUGGGAAGAUUCCCAAGAGUAUUUGUCACCUAGGGAAUAUUUUGGCAGCCUCAGCAAAUAUAAUUUGGGAAAGACGCUAAUUGCCACUUACAUUGCCCCAGAUUCCCCGAGAAAAGUAACAAUGAGCCCACAGACCAGAGCUGAUUUAAUGCGGCUUCUUCCUCUAGAACGUGGUAGUCAAUUGUUGUCAACUGUGUUGCAAACGUCCGUGCAGGUAAAAAGUAUGGCUAAUAAGACCUUGACACAAAGGGAGAAGACCAUGAUAGUUCUUUUAAGCGGGUUCACUUGGGAAAAGACAGCUGACCGCGUAAAAAUUAAGUUCUCUCAAGUGGCCACAAGGGUGUUAGCAGAGGAUAACCUUGAUAAUAAGGUUUGCGAAAGGUGACAGUAUGCGAAUGACGACAAAACAUUAAAAUUAAAUAUGGACCUUUGUUUAGCGCACUGUAGAGAUACAGGGACAGCGAUGUUAAGUCGAUUUAUUGAAAUUAAGAUUAAGAGGCUGAUAGAAUUUUAAAAGGGGUUAUCCACCGACGGAAGCUCAUUACACCAAGGAAGUGUCUAAAUUGUAUAAAGGGGGCAAUUUUCUAAAGAAACUGCUGUGGUGCUGCGUCGGUGGGAGAGUAUAUCAGGGUAAUUUAGUAUUAUCAACUGAGUUGAUAACGUAAAUUGGCCACCCUUAAGAGUUUAAAAGCUGACGUUUCGAGCGUUGGCCCUUGGUCAGCGAUUGGAGGAAUUGUAGGUUAUGUGUGGGUUUAUAUGUUUCACCAAUGUAUAACUUUUAUACAUUGGUGAAACAGGGAGACGACUAGGUGACCGAUUCCGAGAACACCUUCGCGAGGUAGAAAGAAAUGACAAGGACACAUCCAAACCAGUCGCUAGACACUCGAAUCUCCCUAAUCAUUCAAAACAGCAUAUGGAAGUUUGCGGCCUUCCCCUACAUCUAGGCAGUUCAGAAAGCCGCAAAACUCUAGAACAAAAAUUUAUCUUUCAAAUCGGCACUCUUAACCCCCACGGUAUCAACGAGUGCUUUCCAUUCAACUAACUUAUUCUUGUUUUCUCGUCACCAUAUUCCCACCAAUAGCGUAGGCCCAUUUUCCGCAUAUAAACUCAUACACAACCCACAAUUCCUCCAAUCGCUCUGACAAAGAGCAAACGCUCGAAACGUCAGCUUUUAAACUCUUUACGGUGUCCAAUUUACGUUUUCAACUUAGUUAAUAGUACUUAAUUACCCUGUGUGUUAAUUUUAACCUGACAAGAACAACCACGGUUGCCUACCGGAAUAUGUAAAUACAGAGUUUAUUUUGAAGUUUCAAUGGAGUUUGGCGGUCUAAGCUGUCUGCAAUUGAGAAAGUUCGUUAAGAGACAUUUCAUUGUAUAAAAUGCACGAAAAUUGUUAACUUCAGGGUAGAUUUUUCCUUCUUCCUCUUUUCACAGACUGUCACCGCACUGUGGAGUGAAUUUAUCCAGUCUGACGAAGAUCAUUUUGUUAAUUUUGUGGUAAGAUUAUUGCAGCUUAGAAAGUGAAGUAACAAAUAAAUCGUCACAGAUCCUUGUGCAGAACGUUGCAAUUUGAUUCCCUUCUUCCUUUCAACAAAUUCCUUUUUUCUUUUUUCGUUUCAUUUUUACACUUAUCAUUGUAUGUUUCGUUGUUUUUCAUAAAACUAAUUCGGAAUUAUCAAAAUUACUUAAAGCUGCGGAAGAAGAUCAGUAGCAUCCAGGAAAAAGUCAAAAUAAAACAAUUUUUUUUCUUAAUUUCUUUUUACAAGUCUAAAAUCAUUAUUACCGAGCUCGACCUUCAUUCUGAAUGACUUGGGUACAACAUUUUCAGGUUUUCGUAGAGAGAGGAGCAGGAUGGAUAUUGCAACGUAGAUUGCUGUUCUUGCCGUGGUUUCUUUUUUUUGUUUUUUCAACUCAUAAUUUGUUUUUGAAAUCGCGACAGAAAGCAAAGUGAAGCAGCAGAAGUACUUCGUGAAGCCUUCCGUAUGAUUUUUGUCAAAUAGUUCACUGACCAUCAUUAGAGUUGCUGCCUCUGUCCCAAGAGAAAUGAUUACCAUAUUUCAUUUACACUAUUUCACCGUUUUUUACAGGGAGUUCCUAGGAAGAGUGCGAGAAAAAAAAUGAAAGUCAAACCAGAUGGGACAACUGCUGGACUGUGGGAAACCGACUGUUCUAAGCCACAGCAUGCCCUCUCAGUGGCCGUUGGGCUUGGAUUUUCCGGUAGGAGAAAACGAGUUUAACUCCCUGCUGACUAGGUUAGCAAGGACGUGGGUGUCGCUUGAAAUAGUAAUCCAAAUUAAAUACAUACUCACUAUCAGUUGGUUUUAUAUCCUUAGGAUUUUCUUUCGGUCUCGAAGACGAAGACGAAGAUGAACGCGAGGCAAACGAGGAGAACUUUGAUCUUCCGAGUCUGAAGGAUAAACAACCGGAGAACACGCAACAGAACAGGAGGGCUUCGCACUUCUACGGUCACGCGAUCAGGUUUGGAGAAGAUGCGUUCGAGGAAAGAGCGAAGGGUAAAAGCAAGAGCAUCAGACCCCCGAAACCAAGGUAACACUGAUUAACCCUCUGACUACCAUAAGUGUCUAAGACAGAAUUUCUCCUUACAAUAUCAAUACAUUAUCAAGCAUACAAGUAAGGAGAAUAAAGAGAAAUAUCAAUUGGAAGAUUAUUAGUUGAUCCAAAGCCAAAUUCUUCCAACUAAAAUCACAAGAAUUGUAUGGGAGACAGUAAGGAGAAUUGCUAAUGAGAUCAACAGUUUCCCUUAAAAAAGAAGGAUUUCAUGUGCUUGUAUUUUACGCCCUUUACCAACAAAAGAGUGUAGCACUAACGACUUAGUAACCACACAAAUAUUUUAAUUGAUAACUUUUUCCUUUGGUCUUUCAGAUGCUUUAACGAGGUCUUGCAUAACAACCUUCAGUUGACGUGGUUCAAACGUUUCUUAUCCGACAAAGGAUGUGAGGCUCCCCUCAUGUUCUGGCAGGCGGUCGAAAACAUGAGAACAAACUGCAAGGACGGAAAGGCUCGGCAAGCCAGGGCUGUGAUUAUAACAAAAAAAUACUUUAUCAACAUUCCGACAACACCUGGUUAGUGUUUAGAUCUUGACGAAGUCAAUAUUUUUUAGAGCCCUUAGAAGAGGAGUUUUGGAAGAAAAGAUAGAAGUUUUCUCCACCAUCAAUAAUUGUACAUAAAAAAAAAAUGACACGGACCGCGUUUUGUGAUCCUAAAGAGUGACCUUCACCUCACAAAGUUUUCUUCAAAUGAGCUUAAAAUUUUAUAAAUAUAGGCCGCCAUUUUAAUCUUGCUUAGCAACCACGUUGCCCAUCCCUGACGUAGUCGAAAUGCGUACCUCGUUUUCCAACUCUUGACACCUUGUUUGCAGAAUUGAGAGUAGUUUGUAGAAUUUAUAGUGAACGUUUGUGAUAGCCAAAGCAGCAGCUGUUUGUGAACCGUGUUUUAAGGUUCCUGAUAUACUACUAAUGCACAAUUUGUUCCUCUGUAGCUGAGUACCUACAUUGCAAAGCUGAGAUCAUCCGGGACAUCCCGCUAUUGGACAAAGUGACCGCUCCAAUGCUUGUCUCGGCUCAGGCCUGCGUGGCACGAUCCAUGGAGGAAAACUGGUACAGUCUCCGUUUUGUGCUGUAUAUAAGUGUUUUAAUCCUUACGUAGGAUAAAAUGGUUUUUUUUUAACAGUACUCGUAUAGCAAAACAUCUCUUAAGAUAUUUUAUGUAUCACUGAAUAAAAAGCUAUUAAAUGGUGUCACUUGGCAAAAAGAGUCCAACGGUUCAAGAGUCCUUGCGGUGAAAAAAAUGGCUUUCUUCUGAUUUCACCAGUGGAAAAGUUGCUUUAGAAAUUUUAAAGACCCAACAUAUUUGAGUAUAUAUUUUUAAAACCCAGCUAAUUUGUAUGCAGAACGCCCCUGGAUUAUGAAUAGACCAAAUCCUAUAUCUUGAAUUAAAUACUCACGGCUUAACCCGUAAAAAACUUAAAACUCAUAAAUCUUAAGCAUUGGUGCCAAAACAACAUGGUGACCAAAGGGGAGCAAGAGAGAUUGUUCCUAUUUAUGAAGAAGUUAUGAUGGACAUUUGUGUGUUCAAUUAAAACAUUUUCCCUGAUUAAAUCCGAAAAAAAAUAUAGUCACGGUUGUGCUAUCAUUAGGUAUGCUGAUUUUGUGGCCACUUUCCCGGACGACGAGGCGGAUCGCGAAAGUUCUACCAAGUACGCCAUAAGAAACACUCUUGCUGGAGUUUACAAGAUGGCCGCUCACGGAAAAACGGUUAGUUAUGACUCCAAACGGAUGGUUUUGUUUCUAAUAAAAGAGGUCAUAAUUAAGGUUUGGCUGUUUUUGUGUUUCUCUUCCUUCAGAAAGAGAUGUGGCUCAUGUUUGCUCAUAACAUCAUAUGUUUCCAACGAGGAAUUCGCCAUGCCCCCUCUCUCCGUGACUUUAAAGUAUUUCUGAGAAAAGAAGCAAAGAGCACUAUGGAACAGAGUGAGUACUGAAUAUAGCUCACAUAUUAAUCGCUAGUACAGAGAAAAAAAAUAUGUAAUAUUUCAAAGAUUUUCAGGAAGAAGGAGAAAAAACCUUAUACUUUUUUUUAUGCAAGAACUGCGAUAAACGUGCGCUCUAAAUUGAAUCGAUAGACGCGUUUAGUAGAUGAGGGUGCAGUCCUGUAUCAAGCGGAACCGCAGUGAACGGUCACCCUGUAUUAGGCGGUCAGUUUUCCAUGUCCCGAAUUUGUUUUCCCUUAAUCACUGUACUUUUCAUCUCUAUUAAGCGGUUUGUUCACCCUUUGUUUAGUCAUAACGGCCUGUUUUUAUUGUCUUCCACCUGCAUUAAACGGUCACUGAAAGUGGGAGUACUUAAAUAUACUCAAGAAUACUCUUUCAAAUUAUUUUUUAAUCCAUGUUUCUCUCCCAAAAUCAAAUUAACUGGUAUUUUUGAGCCAGAUUCUAAACAUUAAGUAGUCAGUUAUGGCAUAAAGUGACGUUGUUUAUCGUUUUUUCAUAAUACUCCUAAUCUGUGAAACCUGUCCUAAGUGGUCAACCAGCAUUGAGCGGUCACCCGGCCAUUCCCCAUGGGUGUGUCCACUUUUGACGUUUAAAUUUUCGGCUUUUUAAGGAAAUAUUUUAAAUUCAAGCUAUAGAGGAUUUUUUUGGCUUUUCUACGUUUACCUUACUUCGUUUAAACACACGGAGAGUUGGAAGAAUUCUCUAAUUCUCCACAAACCCAAUGAAGAAAAAGAAAGCAAUUUAAUACCUUAAUAAUUUUUUCGACGGAAUCAUUGUUCCUCAUUGAACUUUUCUUUCUUCAGACCUCCGCCGUCAUGUAGCGCACCCUACUGGGCGAGUGGUAAAUAAGCAGUUUGUAUACACUGAUCGGUUGAUAAACGACUUGGAGUUCUGGAUGGAGGUUGAGCGCUUCAAAGAUCAAGCUGAUAAUGCUGCUGCUUGUGCGAUGUCUGGGAACUACACGCUAGAUGAUGAGAAUUUACUUUUGGACAAAGCUCGCACUAUUGUGAAGUGUUUUAUAGAUUCGGACUUUCCCCCAAGAAUACAGGUUGGUUUCCUCCCCAGGAAUAUAGGUUUGUUUCGUAGAAGCGAAGUGUAAAGGAUCCAUUACAUCCUUUCGACGGAACUAAGCGGGCAGAAAGUCCAGACAGUUCUAAGUGCUUGUGUUUAUCGAGCCCUUAAAAAAAAUAUGCACCCAAUGGGUAUACGAGUCUGUAGUGCUCUUUGCUUUAACACUGAGUCUCAAAUGUCCUCUUUCAAUCAUUCCAGAAAACAGUUUAUCGAUAUCGUGUGUUUUGGCAAUUGAGUAUUCAAAUUUCGGUUCAAUAAGUUUUUUUUCUGAAUUCCAGUACCGUACCCUUAAUUUUUCAUUAACUUCUCUUUGCCAAUGAGCCAAAUCACGUUUUCCAGGUAAAAAAAAAAGACAAAAGACCAAAAAAAGAAAAAAACAUUUUAACCCUUCAAAUCCCAGCUGAAAGGGGCACUAAAAUCCUCUCUGCUUUUUAAACUUUUUACCUUAAGUACAAUCAAACUAAUUUUACUUUUUAUCUCAGAUCAACAUUGCCAACGAUCUAGCGGAAAACAUUGUAGGGUUGGUACACACUGGAAUCGUAGAGAGAGGCUUGUUUCAUGAGGCAGCUCUUCAGGUCUUCACUCCUCUGAUGUUCCUAUGGAAAAAGUGAGUCAUUGGCACAUAUGUAACACACUCAAUUUGUAUUAAAAUCUUUUAAAUUCUUAUUUUUCCCAUAUUUGUAUUCACUGGUCAUAAUUAAGAUAUAGGAAAUUGACGUGACGCUGUGUAAAACAGCUAUCUAAUACAAAAAUCACUGGAAUAGAACUUUCAGGGCAGUUUUUCGUAAAAUAAUCUUUCAAAAUUUACAACGCCAUGAUGUAAGUAUCCACAAUGAUUAUCAUCCAACUGUACCAGAUAGAGUACAAAUAACGCGCGAAUCGAGGACAGAUAUCCUGCGAUAUUGUUCAGUUUGUUAUUUUGUAUUGUAAAUAAAAAACGUGUCCAACCGGUCGGCUGUGCGCGAUACGCUCUUCUAACUGCUUCCCUUUUCCCACUUCCCCACCCUGCGGGCUCGUCAAAAUGCGGCACAACUCGUUAAAACACUCAGCGAUACUACACACCACAACGUCUGAUAAGAUAUCACAUGAGCUGGCGGAUGCUUCCUUUGACAGAAGCUCGUUUCCAGCAAGCUUUUACAUCAGUCGCGUUUCAAAUAAGGAAUCGUGGUGAAAUGGAUUUUUCUGUUCAUUCAUUCCUUCGACAUAUACGCUAAAUAUUUGUUGCACGCUUUCAGUUAGAAGAUAAUUAAAUUUCAUAAACUGUUGUAAACUAUAAACUAAUAUAGUUAGAUCAAGCGCAAGUCUGAAGGUUAAAAAAUUUGCGUUACACUUGUGAUGAAGUAUUUUGUUAGUUCAGUAUGAUUUAGUUAUUCGUUUACAUUUAACUUGUAGUUACGAAUUCAAAGUCCAAAUUUAUUUAGGUUUAAGCCGUCGCCAUGAGUUCCCAACUUAUGACAGUCUUGUGUAACAUUCACAAGUGGAAGUGCUUCAGUUGUUUACCUCCCUCAUUUGGACCCGCGUGAACUACUUACGCAGCGAGACUCAUGUAAAAGUGUUUGGGUUAGAGUUCUAACAAAAAAUUUUUAACCUUCCAAGGUUAAUUGGCCAGUAUGCCCACUAAUGCUUACCGCUGAUGAAUAUUAAUCUCGUACCCAGAUCCAACCGUGUAACUGACAUGACCGUGGAAAGUCUGGGUACGAGACUAGAUGAAUAUAUGAACAUGUAUUUUAGAAUUCACUUCAGUUGAGAGUGUAAAAUGUGUAAUCAGUGAGAAGAAGAAGAGUGAGAAUCAGUGUGUGAGAAUCAAAGAGAGAGAAACGGAACAGAGUAAGAGUCAGACGGUCAGAGCUAACCAGAUUGAAGUGAGUUUGUUGUAAGUAAGAUUUUCGUAGAGAAAAGAUAUUAAAGAUGACUGAGAGAAGACAUAAAUAUGAAAGUGAUCUUCGCAGCAAUAAACUCUACUUAAGCAGCAGUGAAAAUAAUAUAUAUAUAUAUGUAUGCAUGUAUGCAUGUAUGCAUGUAUGCAUGUAUGCAUGUAUGCAUGUAUGCAUGUAUGUAUGUAUGUAUAUUUAUAUGGGAUUUGAACCCAUGACCUUUGCGAUACCAGUGAGGGCAAUGGCCUUAUUCUCACCACUGCUUAAAAUCGUGUUCAUUACUGCAAAGGUGGCUUUCAUGUUCAUAUUUUAACCCGAAGUUCACAUAUAUGAUCUUCAUACAUUCACAGUCGUUUAUUCAUCCCUUCACGGGUUUAUUACAAGCCAACAUCAUGACAGUUGGCUUGUUAGCUCAUACAUACAUAUACAUACAUAACUUUAUUUGAUAACGCAGGUUAAAAUUUGCGCAACUUUACAGCUGAUGUGGACCUGCCUAAACUAAUUAGUCUAUAAUUAUAUAAAAUACAGAUAUGAUAAAAUUUAUAAGUUGAAUAAAUCAAGUAAACCAUAAAGUUUUAGUAAUAGUGAAAAUUUGGUUUCAUGUUUUGUAUAACAUUACCUCCCUUUUCAAAAUUAAUAUUCAUAACAGUUUGCUUGGAUUGUUUUAAGUUAUAUUUAAAAAUAGAUAAAUUUGGAGAAUCUUUAACAUUAUCGGGAAGUGCAUUCCAUGCUACUGCAGAUCUAUGAGCAAAGGACCUACGACCCAAUUCGGUUUUGGGCCUAUUAAGUACAACAUUCAGGGAUUUCCUUAGGUUAUAACUGUUAGAGUUCUUGGUCACCAAACAAUUAAUUUCCCGCAACCCUAAAUUAUAAUAAGCAUUAUAUGUAAUAGUUAAGAUACGUAGCUUAUAAAAAUACUCUAAAGGCAUCCAGCCAACCUUAGAAAGUACAUCAUUAUCCCCAAAACUAUUUGGUAUCUUAUGAAUUAGCCUGGCAGCCCUGAUGUGAAUCAUUUCUAGAUCUUUUUGGAUCCAGACCCCAAAUUGCAAUUCCAUAUAGAACACUUGGUAUAACUAUCCUAUAGUAAAAAGUCUCCAAGAUAGAUGUACAUAGGUUCAACAUUUUAACUUUGGCAUUUGCAGAUCUAGCCAAUGCAACAUGCUGAGACCAAGAGAGUUUAUCAUCAAUUGUAACCCCAAGUCAAUUUGGAGGACACAUACCGAAUGGUGUCCAUACCCCACUUCAGCUGUUUCAAGUACCGCACCGCAGUACUUAUUUCUUAUUUCGGGCCUUAUUUCCACUACUUCUUAAGUCACGUUAAGUACUGCCAAGAUCGUUUUCUUAUUCAUUUCUUAACCCGCAGUUCACAUAUUUGACAUCACAUAUUCAUAGUCAUUUGAGAGAAGACAGGUUGAGAGUCUAUGGUUCCUUUGAUGAAAGCGUAUCUGGCUAGGUUACGUGUCAUUGUGACCCAAUAUACUCUGUGGAGGAUUUACUAACACACUAUUCUAUUGCUUUAGAUAUUCAGCAGAACUAAUCUCCAAACAGACAGACGAACCAACGUGUUCCACCCCAGUAAAGAGAUCCGCCUCAAGAAAACGAGUCAUGUCGAUAAUUGGUGGAAUGCCGUACAGAAAAAUUUACGCAGUAAACGGUAGUCACAAAUUAUUACUUGGUUUUGGGUGCUAGGAAAUAAAUGACUGCUGAAAACUUUCUUCUUAAAUGGUACAUGAUAUACAUCAUAUGUGACAUGUGAAUAUUAAGACGCGAAAAGGUUCUUACAAAUAAAUUAUUAUCAAAGAAUCCGAAGAACCUGAAGCUAAAAUGGCGGAUCCAUUUUCAAGAUGCACGAAGCCCCUGUUUUAAAGGGAGGGUAAUUGCAAAGCUUUUGAUGUGAAAAUCAUACUCUAUUUUCCACAGACUUGACCCAUCUUCGCAAACAGGUAUUUUUUGCACUUACCCUUAUUCUGAAAACGAGGGUUUUAGAACUCGGAAAAGGCGUAUUGAAUAGAAACAUUCCAUUGAUCAACCCAGGCCUCAGCGACUAGUAUCAGUCAUUGCUUUGUCAACCGCGCGUCUGUCUGGAAAGUGAUGGGCGCGAUUUAAUAACGUCGACGUCACAGCUUAGAGAUUAACAAACCUAAGAACGUCUGAGAACUAGUGCCCAAGCCUUCCUAAUGCAUUCUGUAUCUUUUAUAGAGGACUCUGAGCAACACUGGUCAUUCUCACUGAACCACGGUCUCCGCCUUAUCAUGCCUCUUAGGCUCAUGAUGGCAAAGCGCGUUACCAAUCAAAUGGGCGGACGGUCUGAUCAUGUGUCGAAAGUCUCGAUCCAGGGACCUACACCAUGACUAAACACAACAAUGUAUUGGAAUCUAACUGAAAUAAACAGGUUCCCGUAUGUUUUUCAUGCGUUGCAUGGUUUCUAUGUAAAAUUAUUGAGUGGACUUUGUUUCCAUGUACGUUAGCCUGCGUUCCGGUCUUACCUGCCUUAUAUAAGCUACGCUGACGAAACGUGAGCACAACGGAAGUAACGCGUAAGUCUGGGUCGAAAGAGCGCUAACAAAUAUCUUCUAUUCGCUCCCAUGCCCACGCGAAGAUCCCACUCUGCUCAUGCAGGCCAUACUGGUUUUGAUUUUAGUUUAAAAAAACGGUGGUUUUCGGAAGCGUCAAGCUGCAUCUCUAAUAUUAAGUUUUAGUACAGCAAAAGUAGAGGAAAAUCUACAUAGUAGUCAUAGAUACAGAGCGUGAAGCAGAUGAACUAAAACCGAGCUAGUCGGCCUCAAAUCAGCCCGGAAAGCUCACGCGUUUCAAAGGAAAAACUUCUCAAGAGAGGUAAGUCUGUUUUUAUUUAAAACUAGUUCUGAUCUUUAAGUUGAGAACGCAACUGUAAAUUGUCAUACAAAUCCUUAUGAUACUCUCAUUCCAUAUUGUAACGUGAUACACUUUUAAAAUGUCUGCUCCUAAAGGAAACAGUAAGUUUCGUUUUCCAGCUGUUUCCCGAGAGGCCAUUCACUAAAAGUGCUUUGUUUUACGUCCACAAAGGACGAACGUAGUAAACAAGCGAAAAAUGAGCGUCUUAAACACUUCAGCAUAUAACGAACGGGUUAUACGAACUAACUCCUAAUUGGGCAAAACGUUGGCUGGUGCCAAUUAAUGAAAGUAAGACUAAGAUUGUCUUUUCCGCAAAGAUUUAUGUUAGUUUGUUGUCUCUUGCCUUUUCACGCUCAAGGUUGAAUUGGAUAGACGGGUCCACCGAACUCAAAUGCGACAGAUUUACGUCCUUAAGGUAAAUGGCUUUACCAAAACUUUUCUUCGUAAAUGCCAGGAACCAGUUACAACUAGUGACACUGCUGAUGAGAAGGAACCAGCGACUAGUUUUGCUGUUAUUCCUUACAUUCCUUUUAGCCGCGAGGUUCUUCCUUUCGCCGCGAGUCUUUUUCUUUGGCCGCGAGGUUAUUUCUUUUGCCGCGAAGUUAUUUCUUUUGCCGUGACAGUUGUGGGCCACAGUAAAUAAUGCUUUUCGCGCUCGCUGAUUGGCUAGUUUGGAAAUGAAUACCAAGUACGUAUUUACCUCCGAACGGCCGAAGGGACAAAAAUUACACGUCAACAUGAUUUGAAAAUAAUCGCCACCUUUGAAUAAAUGCGUCCGUUAAAAAAAAAAAAGGAUCGUAAACACCAAAAAUUAAAUCAAUGUCGUGACGUUUAUUCUAUAAAUUCAUUAUGCAUCUUCGUGUAAUUACGUAAAUGACCAAAAAGACUUAACCAUAUAAACUACGAUGUUUUACAAGGAUCUCCAGCCCUGAGAAAAGCCGUAACUGUACGAAAUGUAAAAUUACGAUCAUUUCUUUACGAAUGUUUAAUAUCGCCAAUCAGCUUCUGACACGUCACCCGCCUUUCUCGCCGCGCCGUUCUAAUGAAUGAAGUGCAAACCAUUCACCAUUUUCGAUCCAAGUCGAGAUUUUCUCGAAUUAUGGCUACCAACAACACUGAAAGAUUCCAAGCGCUCACAGACAGUGACGUUCGCAAUUUUGUAAAAGCGAAAGAUGACCAGGACACGCCAAAAAAAAGGGGUUAGUUACUAAAGAAACUGUGGUGCUGCGUCGGUGGGAGAGUAUAACAAGUUAAUUUGGUAUCAUCAACUGAGUCGAUAACGCAAAUUGGUCACCGUAAAGAGUUUCAAAGCUGACGUUUCGAGCGUUUGCCCUUCGUCAUUCGCUCUGCCGAAAGGCUGACCCUGGACGCUCGAACUGCCGUCGGCUUGGAAACUCUCAACGGUGGUUAAAAGGUCAUUUUCGAUAUAUUGAAAUUCUAACAUGGCUCUAAGGCUAAGGAGAAUAAAACAAAAGGAACUAAUUAUUCAUCCCUCAACCUCGUUGUGAUUUCUUUUGUUUUACUCCCCAAGCCUCGGAGCCUAGUUUGAAUUUUCAUAUAUCGAAAAUGGCCGUCUUGUUUACGUUAUCAACUCACCAAAUUACCACGAAACUGACGAUAAGAUAAACUAAAAGUGACUUAGUUUUGGCGAUGGCAUUUCUCGCAGCUGAGAACAAAAAUCGACAGCCGGAAUAUUUGCCACCAGAAGAUUUGAAUGUCGGUACGGAAGUAAGUUUGAACAAAGUCUGUUUAUUUAAUAAACAAAUUACUGGUACUUACUUUCACGGGUAUUUGAUUUUUCGUUUUUUCCAAUUGUAAAAAAAACGCGAAAUUAAGUUUUAACACGUAAAUUUAGUCCCUAUAGAAAAAAUCAAAUCACAGAAAAAAAAAUUAAUUGCUAGUAAUAACAACAACACGUACAGGAUGUGUAACGAAAAAUACACGAAGUAUUAACUGGUCUUACUGGUAAGUUCUAUAUUGUAUCUUCUGUGGUAAAAUUGAAUCGCCAGAUUCGUACAAAUUCCUUUUCUUUCGCGCAGUCGUCAAAAGUUAAGCCAUUUCGAGAAAAAAAAUGAAGUUGAGAACCUUGAAUCGCGAGAUUUCAUGCCUUUUUUUUUAUUUUUUUCGCCAUUGUAAUUGCGGAAAAAGAACCCCGCAAGAUACCAGUUGCUUGUAGAUAUGGAAUUUUUCUUUGAGUGAACAACAUCAAAUGCUAUUGCCUAAUCUUAAACACGUUUUGCUCGACAGGUGAAUCCUGAAAAAUACAUCAGCACUUAGAAUGUUAAAGAACACACGUGCUUUAAAGCCUGCGUUUCUUCCUGUUUGUAUGGUAUUCAUUCUGUUCUAUCACAUCGAUAAAAACUAUUUUUCACAAAGAGAUCAUUUCAGUUGUAAGAAGAGCCCCAAUCAAACCGAUCGGUGGCUAAUCGUGUUCUGGUCAACCAUUUUCGGAAAACAGCCAGGUAUUGAGCUUAAAUGGAAUAAAAGUGACUGCCCUGUGGCCUGUCAGGUCACAUCUGACCAUUCUCGAGCUUGUGAUGCAGACGGCUUUGUAGUCCAUGCCAGGGAUUCGCACAUGAUACCUCCAACAGAAUCUGUUCCAUGGAUCCUUUACACACAAGAAAAUCCGAUAUACACUCCCGUAAUGAACGACGCCAAGUUUAUGUCCAGAUUUAAACUGUUAGUAAGUUACCGUUUAGAUUACGAUUUUCCUUGGCCAUCCUUUCAUAUGCCAAACGCAACUCCACCUCUUAGGUUUAAGGAAAAGACUAAACUAAUAAUGGCUGCAUUCUCGAACUGUGAGCCCGUGCGAACUGAAUACAUGAGGCAAUUGAUGAAGUUUGUGCAGGUGGAUUCUUAUGGAGAUUGUCUCAGGAACAAACAUGGUCUUGUGGAACGCUAUGGAUCUAGAAACGGAUCAAACUUCUUAGAACUGAAAACUGAAUUAGCCAAGCAGUACAAGUUUACUCUGGUAUUUUUUAACCAGGACUGUGAUUAUUUUGUCGAUGCACAACUGAAUCAUGCUUUGAAUGCAGGUUCAAUUCCCGUUGUGAUGAGUACAGAUAAACUUGACGAGUUCCUGCCCGGCAAUCUACGACAUUCCGUCAUUAAAGUCCGUGAUUUCAGGACUCCGAAAGAUCUUUCUGAUUAUUUGAAGUACCUCAGCAGAAAUGAGACUGAGUAUAACAAGUAUUUGUCAUGGAAAUUGGAGGGAAUAGAAAAUAUCACUGGAACCGCUAUUGAAAACGUUUGGAAGCCAAAGUAUCCGCUUUAUUGCCAGAUCUGUGUGGCACUUUCACAAGGACGAAUACACGAGAAGGGACUGGAGCCAAUACCUUGUAAGGCAAGGGCUUACGAAGAUUGGGGA